CCGCGCCCCGGCGACGUCGUGGUGCUGCGGGGCCUCGCGCGCCCCGGGCUGAACGGGCUGCGCGCGGAGGUGCUGCGCGGGGGCGCCCGGGCCGGGCGCCUGCCGCUGCGGGUCGAGGCGUCCGGGCAGGAGAUCUCGGUGAGGGCGGAGAACGUGGAGAAGGCCGCGGGCCCAGGGCCGCAGCCAGCUGCGGUGCCGCAAGGCGGCGGCGGCGCCGCCGCCCCGCGCCCCGCGGCGGCGGCGAGGCCCUGCUCGAGGGAGCAGCGCCUCUCCGAGGGCCUGCGCGCCGACGAGGGGCGCCGCGACGAGCUGUGGGAGCGCUUCUUGGCCAGCGACGACCGGCCGGUCGGUGGGGAUGUGCUCCCCUCGCCGGACCAGUACCACGGCGCCUCGUGACCGCGCGCGGCGUCCGGCGCGGCCUGCUGGCGCGAGCGCGCCUUCGCUCCCCCCUUCGUCUGCGUCCACGCCUGGAGCGGUGAGGCGGGGUGGAGGUGGUUCGGGUCGGAC